CAAAAAACAAAUUUCCAUAAAAAAACGUUUAUUUUCUUUUUUUUUUAGAUUCCUAUACCCUUUUUGUCUGAUAGGAUGGUGAAUCCAGUUUGAUUGAUUUCUCGAACUGAUGCAGUAAUUCUGCUAAAUCACAGUCCCAGGGAUCAAAGGAAAGCUAUCCAUUAAUUUCAAGAAGGGUUAAUCGAUGGCAAGCAACAAUGGAGGGGGUGAAGAGCAAUUGACGAAGAUGGCGGAAUUGAGCAAAACCCUAAAAGAAGGUGAAAGGAUUCUAGCGCCCACCCGGAGACCCGACGGAACCCUCCGCAAACCCAUUCGGAUUCGGGCUGGGUAUGUUCCCCAAGAGGAAGUCGCCAUUUACCAGUCCAAAGGUGCCCUGUGGAAAAAGGAGAUGGCAUCACAAGUGGGGCCUCCAGGUUAUGAUCCAGCUAUGGAUACAAAACCCAAAACCAAGUCAGCAAAGAGAAAUGAAAGAAAGAAGGAGAAACGGCUACAGGCUGCUCUUGAAAAGGGUAAGAACUUGGAAGCAGAGGCGGAUGAUGAGAUUAAAAAGGAAGAUGUGCCUGAGGAAGAUUCAGAUCAUGGAUCCGAAUCUGUUAAAUCAUUGACAUCUCAGAUGACUGAGCUUGCAGUUUCUGAAAAUCCUGUUCCAACCUCCCCUCCUUCCAACUCAGUGCAGGCCUCAGAUGCUGAUGCACCAGUUCAAGAUCUUGAUAAAAAAAUUCGAGCCCUUAAAAAGAAGUUGUUGCUUAAUAUGUUCGAGGACUUUGAGGGACUUCAGCAUGGAAUUACUUCUUUAUUUCAGUACUGGCAACGGCAAGUUAUAGUUUACAUUGGUGUCCUUCCCAUUGCUUCGAUGGUGGCAUGAUUCGAUUAACAGAAGCUCAGCAGCAGAAAACUCCACAGCAAGAUAUGAAGCCAGAACAGCUAGAAAAGUUGGCAAAACUGGAAGGUUGGCGUCAGGAGCUAAAGCUUUUGGAGGAUAAAAAGGCUGAAUUGGCAGCAUUGUGAGUUUGGGUUUCUGUCUCUGUGAAGAAACUAUGUAGUUUCCAUUUACAAUUUGAUGGAGAUGCAAAAACUGCAUUGUGGAACAGAGGUGAAUCUAUUGAGAUUUUGUUCUGAAAACGGCGUGUGAAUUUGCAUUUGAUGCAUAUGACCAUGUUUAAUUAGUACUCGUUCCCCUGCCUUUGCACAUGAAUGAUAAUGCACAUCAAUGAUUUACAACUAAUACAUUGCCAAUUUCGCUUCA